AUGGACCGAAAUUCGAAUAAUACACCAACUUAUUAUCUAAAAUCAAGUGCCAAGAAAAAAAACAACUGGAAAAGAAACCAAAAAAAAUUCGAAAAAAAUGAACAAUUAAGAUCUCAAUAUCCACCAUUCGAAUCAUCAUCAAACCUCAACAUCAUACAUCUUCAUUACAAAUCAACAAUCGAUACGCUAAAUGAAUUAAUUUCGAAGGCAUACAAAACAAAAAGAUACGUCGUCGACACGGAAUCACAAAAAGGUGAAACAGAAAGACAUGGUGCACUGAUACAAAUACAAUUCCUUUAUUCCAGUAACCAGUCAACGACAAUAUUAAUUGAAAUCAAUUAUUUACCCGACAAACAAUCAAAUUUAUACAAAAAAAUAAUAGAAUUAUGUGGAAUUAUAUUCAACAAUGGAAAUGAAAUUCUAGCAUGGGGACCAUUGGAGAACGAAUUUACAAAUUUUCAUCAUCUCGACCUUAUCCACAUAGGUAAGAAAAUUAUACCAAUUAAUGUACAAUCUUUAUUUAUUUCUGGAAAAAACAUACAAAUAACGCAUCCAGAAAUGGAAAGGCGUGAUGAAAUAACCGCGGACACAUCGUAUUAUAUAUACGAUACACCCGGUGAUAAUGAUGAUAUGAAUGAUGAGCAACAAAUUAAUGAUAUUCUUUUUGGUUCUCAUCAUCAAACUCAUGGUAAUUCGAAUGAACUAUGGUCUCUGCAAAAAGCCAUUGAAACAACGUUUGGAAAAUUUCUGGAUAAAUUCGAAACGGUUAACCAUUGGAAAUGUGGGUUGGAUUUGCAGCUGGAUACGUGGAAACAGAAAUUAUUUAGCAAACAUCAUUAUGAUAAAACAACGGAACAACAACGACGUUUAAGCAUGAUUCAAUAUGCUGCACACGACUGUGCCACCGUUGCUGAAUUGUAUUUCCAUAGUUAUCCAGAAAAAGUCAAUGACCACCACAUACCAAAACAAACAACAGCAUCAACAGACAUCAUCAAACACUUGGACGACGACCUAUCAGAAGUAAGCGAUGAUGAAAUUAUUCAAAUUCUAAUACCUAGAUUUGAUGAACCACGACCAACACCAGAAACACAACACGACGAAAUGCCAACGUUGACGAUCGAAGUAACACCUGAAGAGAUGGAAACAUUUCAUUUACCUGACGUACAAAUCGAACAACAGCAACAACAACAACCGCAAAUAAUAACAACGUUAACAAAAGCUGAACGACAACGGAAAAAGAACAUCAAAUUGAAAUGGAAGCAAAAACAUCGCCCCGACUUCCAAAACAAAAUUAAACGACCGAUAUACCACAAAUACGAUUACCGAAAAAUUCGUGCACAAUUAACCGAUGAUAAAAUUUAUACCAGUCAUCAAAUUACCAUCAAUCGUAAUUUAGCCGAAGUUGUCAUCGGAUUUAAAACGAAACAAGAAAAAGAAGGAGCAACAACAAAAAUAAAAAUAAAUUAUUUCUCCCGAACACAAUACAUCGAACGAUGGGGGUAA